AUGGCGACUUCUGCGGAACGCCACAAACGAGGGAAUCUGUGGGCGGGACCCGGCGAGCUGAGAGGGGAAUGGCUGGGCGGGAGCGGGAAUCUCCCCACUGCAGCUUCCAACAGCCUCACAGCUCUGGGCUUCUGCACCCGGGUUAAGGAUGCAGAAAAGUUGGUUUCGGAUUCCGGUGACAGCAAAGCCCUGGAGUGGACAGGAGGCAUCACGGCCCAGUUAUCGAGUCUCCGCGCCCUGGCGCUCGGCCCCGCCCACGCGCCGGCAGCCACGCCCACGACGUCCGCCGAACGGGACGGGGCGGAGCCGGGGGCGGGGCGAAUCCGCGCGGUUGAAUGGGAAGCGGCGACGAGCCGCACAUUCCAGCGGGUCCACGUGACGCGGCCGCGCGGCCUGAGCUCCUCGGCCUGGCUCCUGGAGGAGCUGCUGAGGCCCGACUGCCCCGAGCCUGCGGGCCUGGAUGCGGCCCGCGACGGGCCGGACAGAAACUUCAGACUGAGCGAGCACCGCCAGGCCCUGGUGGCCGCCAAGCACCGAGGUCCGGCGCCGCCCCUCGGGAGCCCGGAGCCCGGCCCUGGCCCGUGGGGCGAGGAGCACCCGGUGGAGAGGAGCCUUCGGGGCUGGGAGAGGGCCAGUGACGCUCCUGGCGCGGACGAGGCGCGCCGGCCCGACCCGGAGGCCGAGGCGCCUGCUGCCAAGAGCGGAGAAGCGGCCCAGAGCAGCGCUGCAGAGGCGGUGGUCGUGUCCAGGUCGGAUCCCAGGGACGAGAAACUGGCUCUGUACCUGGCGGAGGUGGAGAGGCAGGAUAAGUACCUGCGACAGAGGAAUAAGUACCGAUUUCACAUAAUUCCCGACGGCAACUGCCUUUAUCGAGCAGUCAGCAAGACCGUGUAUGGGGACCAGAGCCUGCACCGAGAGCUGAGGGAACAGACGGUGCACUACAUCGCCGACCACCUCGACCACUUCAGCCCCUUGAUUGAGGGCGACGUGGGGGAGUUUAUCAUUGCUGCUGCUCAGGACGGAGCCUGGGCCGGGUAUCCCGAAUUGCUGGCCAUGGGGCAGAUGCUGAAUGUGAAUAUACAUUUAACUACUGGAGGGAGGUUGGAGAGCCCCACCGUGUCUACCAUGAUUCACUAUUUGGGCCCAGAAGAUUCCCUGAGGCCUAGUAUUUGGCUCAGUUGGCUCAGUAAUGGACAUUAUGAUGCGGUAUUUGAUCACUCCUACCCUAAUCCAGAGUAUGACAAUUGGUGCAAACAAACUCAAGUACAAAGAAAACGCGAUGAAGAACUUGCCAAAUCCAUGGCCAUAUCCCUGUCCAAGAUGUAUAUCGAACAAAAUGCAUGCUCUUGAAGUCUGAAAGCCUACACCCUGGGAAAAUGGCUUACAUAGUGUUUGGAGAAUUACAUGAACUCUAAUCAGGGUAAUAGCACUUUUAAACUUGCUAGUAGAUUUACUGUAGGUGUAAUGCCUUAAUCAUUUUUUUGAAUGUUUUUUUCUCCGAGCUGAAGGUUGCUGGGCACCUAAAUGAUGUUUCCUGAUAGCUUUGGGUGGUCCUACUGCUAUUUAUAAUUUGCUGUAUAAAGUUAGCACUACUUAAUUUGCAAGGUAAUUUCUCACAGUGUAAAUUUGUUCAUUCCUGGUAAUCUAUUUUCUAUAAAAUUGUAUUUUUGCACAACGUUUUUAAAAAUUGAUGUACCUUCAUGUAUGAUGUGUUCAUUUUGAGAAACAGCUUUCCAGCAUAAAUCCAGAGAAGUGCUUUAUGAAGUUUGUUAUUUUGAACAGUUUGUGAUUUAGCAGUUAUUUUAUGUUGUUCAAUUUGAAAUUUUAGAUCAUUACUUCAAGUGGAUAUUGAUGCAUUCAUGUUACCAGUUGAUUGACCCAUUCCAUUUUGAUGAAGCAGAAUUGUUUUGGAAUGUUAUUUUUCUAGAAAUGGUCAAUCUUUUACAAAGAAAUAUAUAUGGGAAGGUUACAGGAGAAUUUUUUUUCUUUAAUAAGGGAUAGUACCAGCUCUUACUUGAAUGAAAGUCUGAUGUUUGCUGAUGGCGGAGCGAUUAUUCAGUUCAUGUUUAGGGUAGAUUGUCCUGUGCUCUGGAUUGGUUUUUCUUUAAAUUUGUCAUUUCGUUGUAAAAGAAUUUCAAUGCGAUAUAAAACUUUGUGAUAAGCCUCCUGCUUUAUAUAGUUUCUUGGUAUCCAUUGAGACAUUUUAAAAAUAGCAUAAGUGCUUCGAACCAACCUUGGCAAAUUACAGCAGGAGAAUACUGUCUUAAUAUUCUACUCCUUUUAAAUUCUUUCAAAAGCAAAUAAUAGGAUUACCCUGUAUUACCUAAAAAUAAAAAUGCCUGUAAACAGAAUUUGUAUGGUUUGCUGGGUCAAACAAUGUUGCCAUCUAAAAUCUCUCAUUUCUGCUUUUAACUACUUUUAGUCGUAUUUAUUAAGUAAUGCAGUUUGUACUUUUUUUAUUUUGUAACAUUUUGUGGUUUUUUUGUACAAUACUGUAUUUGUAUAAUAGAGCAAUUCUCAGCUGAUGGGAUGAAUGAAUAAA